ACAUUUGUGAGUGAUUAUGGUGUUCUCUUGUGAUCAAGCUACUAUGAGGUUUAUAGAGAGCUUCGGAAACAUUGCAGGCGUGGUGUCACAACUUCCUCUUAGACAUUUGUGCUCAAAGAUUUAGAUCAAGAGACUUGAGAGUACCAGACGAGAGACCAACAGUUCAUCAACAUGUCAAACCCAGUAAUUACUCAGCCGGGUGCAGCCUCCUACGGCACCAAUGUGCAGACAGGAGAGUGGAGCACUGGCCUCUGCUCCUGCUGUAGCGACCUGCUUGUCUGUGCUCUUGGUUGCAUCUGUCCAAUUGCACUGAGCUGCUAUACAGCAAACAAAUAUGGCGAGAACCCAUGCCUAGCAUGUGUUCCUGGAGGCAUGGCCGCUAUGAGGACACACAUGAGACUGACAUACGGCAUUCAAGGUACAAUAUGCAAUGACGCCCUGAUGACCUGUUGCUGUGGAAUAUUUGAGACAUGUCGAAUGACCAGAGAAAUUCGUAUUAGAAAUGGAGAAGCCUAAUUAGGCAUUUUUACUCUAACUGUAAUUUGUAACAGAGAAUCCUUGUCACUGCAGGCUAUAGAUUUUAAUUGUCCUUUCUCUUUUUUCUUUUGUUUUUUAGCAUUUCUGUAAGAGAAUAGUCAAACGCAUUCGAUUUAAUUUUAACUAAAUGUAAAUUCAAAAGUAAUUUCAAAAUGUAACGAUAUAUAUUUUAAUAUGUAGCAAUCUUGAAAAAAUAUUUUUUAAGAAAACAUAAUAUAUUUCCCAAAACAAUGUGGAUGACCUAAUUAAAAGACAUUCAUAAACAGAA